AUGAAAACAAAACAAAUGAAGCAGGCCAACAUCAGUGGCAGUGUGCUAGAUACCCCGUUUCGCCACCAGAGAUACCCACUUCCGCCACCAGAAAUACCCCCUUUCGCCACCAGAUAUAUCCCCCUUUCGCCACCAGAGAUAUCCCCCUUUCCGCCACCAGAGAUAUCCCCCUUCCGCCACCAGAGAUACCCACUUCCGCCACAAGAUACCCCCUUCCGAGACCAGAGAUAUCCCCUUUCGCCACCAGAGAUACCUCCUUCCGCCACCAGAGAUACCCACUUCCGCCACCAGAGAUAUCCCCCUUUCGCCACCAGAGAUACCCCCUUCCGCCACCAGAGAUAUCCCCCUUUCGCCACCAGAGAUACCCCCUUCCGCCACCAGAGAUACCCACUUCCGCCACCAGAGAUACCCCCUUCCGAGACCAGAGAUAUCCCCUUCCGCCACCAGAGAUACCCACUUCCGCCACCAGAGAUACCCCCCUUUCCGCCACCAGAAAACCCCCAACCCUACCACUAA